AUGACUUGUUCCAACCCUCGAGCACCAACCUCGUCACCUUCCGUUCAUGACGACGAAGCGUUCCCACAAGCCCUCUUCGCGGAGUAUCCGCCCAUCUUCGUCCUGCCAACUCGACUCUCAUUGGAGGAUCUACACAGGCUAGAAGAUGAAUUAGGCAGAUUCGAGGCGACACUGACGUAUGAUGUUUCUGAAGCGAGAAUAUUCCUGGGCACGAUUUCCCAACGGAAACGGGCGGCGCUGGAGUUGAGGGUGAGAGGGGUUUGGACGGAGGAUGUUGAGGUUGUGGCUUUACCUGUGGUUGGUUCUAGUGCUGCUGGUGCUGCUGGAAAGAAAAGGGGGACGUUGGGAUCGGAGUCGGAGUCGUUGAUGCCGUCGGCCAAAAGGCGGCGAUUGGCAUCCUCAAAGGGGAAAGGGUGGAGUCAACUUGAUCCUGUGGAUCUGAGUAGUACUGACUCAACUGAGUCUGAAGGCGUAGGCGCAGAUGCCGAGAGUGAGGCUCCGUCACCGCCACGGCAGCAUAAAACGCCCUCUCAAUCAUCGACUGGUACGAUCGAAACGCAGAAGCAGGACGCUAUUGUGCCGGAAAACCACGUCAAGGUCGUGAAUCUCGAAUGGAUAACGCAGUCUAUCAAAGCCAGGAGGGCGCUGGAUAUCGAUCGAUAUGUCGUAUAUCAUGGAAAAGUGAUUGCGCGCCCACAAGACUUGGCCAAGAAGCAGCAUAUCCCUAUAUCAAGCGUGAAGAAGGACAGCGAAGGCAUCCUGGCCCGUGCUAUAGACGAUGCUGCAUCCAGACCUGCUCCGUCCUCUCAAUCCUCAUUCACUACAAGAUUCGCCUCGUCAUCAAGGCACAGAGGAGGAGACAGCUCACAGCAGCAGCAAUAUCACCCACCAACAUUGUACAGACAAUCAACAUCCGAGCACGAUACCACAAUCCUGAUCCCUCCAGCGCCGGACUGGGUCAGAGACCGCGUAAUAUAUGCCUGCAUGCGUUCGGCACCUUUACACCCACCAAACGAAGCAUUUAUAACUCAACUCGUCAAAAUCCGCAAAGUGCGUGAGCUGACCCUCGACGAAAUCGGGGUCCGCGCAUAUAGCACUUCGAUUGCGGCACUGGCGGCUUAUCCAUAUGAGCUUCGAACACCGGUUGAAGUCCUCUCGCUACCGGGGUGUGAUACAAAGAUUGCGAAUCUUUUCGUUGAGUUCCGGAACAGCGUCGAUGGGAAAUUGGAAGCUGCUGACGUACUCGAUUCCGAUCCAGCGAUUAGCACAAUCUGCCAAUUCUAUAAUAUCUGGGGUGUGGGCGCGAAGACCGCUCGUGAAUUCUAUUAUCAGCGCCAAUGGCGCGAUUUGGAUGAUGUGAUUGAGCAUGGAUGGAAUAAUUUAUCUCGCGUUCAGCAGAUUGGUUUGAAAUAUUACGAUGAGUUUUCCGCCGGUAUUCCGCGAGCAGAAGUGGCUGAGAUCGCCAAGACGAUUCAUCGACAUGCAAAUCUAGUCAGACCGGGCUGUGAAUACGAUGGGCAGGGAAUCGAGUGUAUCAUUGUCGGCGGGKACAGGCGCGGAAAGGAGAUAUCAGGGGAUCUAGAUUUGAUUUUGAGCCACCGCGACGAGCGCAUUACGAAGGAUCUCGUCAUUGAUGUAGUCGGCAGUCUGGAAAAUGAAGGCUGGAUUACUCAUACCCUGGCCCUGCACAUGACGACGUCGAAUAGAGAGCAGCAGACGUUACCAUUUCGCGGCGAUACUGGUUCGCAUCAUUUCGACAGUUUGGAUAAAGCGCUUGUUGUUUGGCAGGAUCCGAAUUUUGAGAUCGAGACAAACAAUGGCGCUGAUCCUGAAACUGAGCCGGUGAAGAAUCCCAACCCCCAUCGACGAGUAGAUAUUAUUAUCUCCCCCUGGCGCACAGUCGGUUGCGCUGUACUGGGCUGGUCAGGCGAUACCACAUUCGAGCGGGAUUUGAGACGAUAUGCCAAAAAGGCGCAUGGAUGGAAAUUUGAUUCCAGUGGUGUACGAGAAAGGACGUCGGGAGGAAAUGUGAUUGAUUUGGAGAAGGGUGGGAGGACGUGGGAGGAGAGGGAGAGAUUGGUUAUGGAAGGGCUGGGUGUUGGAUGGAGGCCUGCUAGUGAGAGAUGUACGAGAUGA